AUGGACCCUGAGGCCGCCACCGCCGCUGAGGGCUCCCAGGCAGCGGGCCUGGCGGGUGGGAGUGGUGCGGCUUCGGCCGCUUUCGUUCCCGCCCACCACCCGCCGCUUGAUGACCGAGAACGCGCCGCCGCCGCCGCCUUCGUGGAUCGGCGGAUGCCCGCCAUUCAGGGGGCCUCCAAGGCGGAGCUUCUUCGGCUGUGCCAUGCGGCCGGGUUGCCCGGCAACAACAACGACACGAAGCGCAAGCUAACGGCCCGCCUCGCGGCCGAUCUGAGGAGGCGCGCGGAGGAAGCGGUGCGCGCGGAUUCCGCCGCGCGCCGCGGCCAUUUGGGCCGGGUAGCGGCGCCUAGCGCCUCCGAGGGCCAGGCCCUCCUGCCUGCGUCCCAUCCCGCCGCUCCCCCGGACGGGCCGAGCGGGUCGACCGGCCCUGGAUGCUUUUCCCAGGAGGCAGGAGCGGCCCCCGCCUCCGGCUCCCGCGGCUCAUCGCCGGUUCCGCCGGCGGGCAAGCGCCCCCGCGCUGAUGCCCCCCCUUUCCUUCCAUCCGCGGCACCCUACCCGGCUUCCCCCGCCACUGCUGCACCCUCCGCGGGGACGAUCGGCGCUGGGCGCCACCGACCUGCUCGCCCCGCUGCCUCCAUGUCCGACCCGGUGGAUGCCCGGCGCCGGUCCCAUGCUGCCGCUUCGGCGCGGCCGGCUCGCAUCGACGAGCUCCUCGAGCUCCAAGGGGAGCUGCGGCGUUGGCAAUGCUGCUUGCGCGGCCUCAUGGACUGCCACGACGAGACGCCGGAGGAGCUCCUGGCGCGCGUCGAGGUGGUGGUGGCGGAGCUGGCGGACCCGGACGCCGGGGCGGUGGAGGUGUCCGACUGUUGGCGGGUCGGGCGGUACGCGCCGGAGCGCCCCCGCCCUGUCAUCAUCCGCUUUCGGCGGUUGUGUGACAAAGUGUCCGUUCUGCGGGGGAAAGGGGUGCUGUACGGUGACGGCAUUAGUGAUAUCCUGAAAGAGUGGGCUGCGGGCCUGGAGGGUGGGAUGGGUGCGGCUUUGGCCGCUUUCGUUCCCGCCCACCACCCGCCGCUUGAUGACCGAGAACGCGCCGCCGCCGCCGCCUUCGUGGAUCGGCGGAUGCCCGCCAUUCAGGGGGCCUCCAAGGCGGAGCUUCUUCGGCAGUGCCAUGCGGCCGGGCUGCCCGGCAACAACAAUGACACGAAGCGCAAGUUGGUGGCCCGCCUCGCGGCCGAUCUGAGGGGGCGCGCGGAGGCAGCGGUGCGCGCGGAUUCCGCCGCGCGCUGUGGCCAAUUGGGCCGGGUAGCGGCGCCUAGCGCCUCCGAGGGCCAGGCCCUCCUGCCUGCGUCCCAUCCCGCCGCUCCUCCUGACGGGCCGCGCGGGUCGACCGGCCCCGGAUGCUUUUCCCAGGAGGCAGGCGCAGCCCCCGCCUCUGGCUCCCGCGGCUCAUCGCCGGUUCCGCCGGCGGGCAAGCGCCCCCGCGCUGAUGCUCCCCCUUUCCUUCCAUCCGCGGCACCCUCCCUGGCUUCCCCCGCCGCUGCUGCACCCUCCGCGGGGACGAUCGGCGCUGGGCGCCACCGACCUGCUCGCCCCGCUGCCUCCAUGUCCGACCCGGUGGAUGCCCGGCGCCGGUCCCAUGCCGCCGCUUCGGCGCGGCCGGCUCGCAUUGACGAGCUCCUCGAGCUCCAAGGGGAGCUGCGGCGUUGGCAAUGCUGCCUGCGCGGCCUCAUGGACUGCCACGACGAGACGCCGGAGGAGCUGCUCGCGCGCGUCGAGGUGGUGGUGGCGGAGCUGGCGGACCCGGACGACGGGGCGGUGGAGGUGUCCGACUGCUG